AUGGCAUCUAAUAUCACUUGGCAUCCAAACUUGACUCAUCAAGAACGUGCUGAAUUAAGAAAACAAAAAGGUGUUACUGUAUGGUUGACUGGUUUAUCAGCCAGCGGUAAAUCAACUAUUGCUUGUGCAUUAGAACAAUCAAUUUUAGCUAGAGGAUUGAAUUCAUAUAGAUUAGACGGUGAUAAUAUUAGAUUUGGAUUGAAUAAAGAUUUAGGCUUUAGUGAAGCUGAUAGAAAUGAAAAUAUUAGAAGAAUUUCUGAAGUUGCCAAAUUAUUCAGUGAUUCAUGUUGUAUCACUGUUACUUCAUUUAUCAGUCCUUAUAGAGCUGAUAGAAGAUUAGCUAGGGAGUUGCAUGAAAAAGACAAUUUACCAUUUGUUGAAGUAUACGUUGAUGUUCCAUUGGAAGUUGCUGAACAAAGGGAUCCAAAGGGAUUAUAUAAAAAGGCAAGAGAAGGUAUCAUUAAAGAAUUCACUGGUAUUAGUGCUCCAUAUGAAGCUCCAGAAAAGGCAGAGAUACACGUUAAGAAUCAUUCAGGGCUUUCUGUUGAACAAGCUGCUGAACAAAUUAUAGAUUAUCUUUUAGAAAAAGGUUACAUAAAUUAA